AAAUUACAAAAAAUUUCAUCCCCCAGUAUGCAAAACCAUCUCGACACCGGUGCAACGGAGCAGCGAUCUUCCGAAGCAAGGAAAACGAUCGUAAUUGGCACUACGAUGAUUAACACGCUGAUAAGAAGUACGCUUGGUCCAUUUGGAAUGACCAAGCUGCUGACGUGUGAGGACAAAAUAAAGGUAACCAACGAUGGAGCGACGCUCCUGAAAAACCUGGUGAUAGACAGCGCAAGCGCACGGAUAUUGAUCAACGCAUCGGUCAGCCAGGACUGGGAGGAGGGCGAUGGCACAACAACCAUCGCAAUUCUUGCAUCUUUGUUGGUGGAGGAGGCAAGCAAGCUUGAGGAGAUUCAUCCCAUCCAGAUAAUCAGGGGAUACGAAAUUGCGCUGACCAAGGCUUUGGAGGUGUUGGACAGCGUAUGCUUUGUCAUGAGGGAUGAUGAUAUGGUUGCAUUAGCUAAGACAACGUUGAACAGCAAGAUUCUGCGUUGUGACCUGCAAAAGUUUGCGGAGAUAUGUGUGAAUGCUAUAAACUUGAUUGAAGACCGCGAGGAUUUGAAUUUGAUCAACAUUAUAAAGACCGAGGGCGAGCUGCAGCAGUCGUAUCUCGUGGACGGGUUCAUCCUGGACAAGGAUGUCAUCGUUCCGACAUUGAAGAAUCCACGUAUUCUUGUGGCAAACACGUCAAUGGACACCGACAAGAUAAAAAUUAACGGAGCGCAGGUGAAUGUGCGCAGCGUGAGCGAGCUAUCGCAGAUUGAAGAUGUGGAGCGACAGCGAAUGCAGGAAAAGGUGGAGAAGAUAGUUGGUGCUGAGAAUGGUAUAGACGUGUUUGUGAACAGGCAAAUAAUCUAUGAUUACUUCUUGCAGCUGUUCAGAGAAAAGAAUGUAGUUGCGGUUGAGCACGCUGACUUUGAGGGUGUGGAACGGUUAGCGAACGUGUUGGGGGCCAAGAUCAUGAGCACGUUUGACUCGUUGAACGACUGUAUUGGCGGUUGCGAGAUGAUAGAGAACGUGCAUGUAGGAGAAAAGGUUAUGGUAAAGUUCUCUGGGCUGAAGAAGGGGGCGUGCACGAUCGUACUCAAAGGAUCCACUGCUGAGGUACUCGACGAGGCAGAAAGGAGCGUACAUGAUGCGCUUUGUGUGCUGAUGCGGGUCAAAACAGAGAAAAAGUUGGUCUAUGGUGGCGGAGCAACCGAGAUGGAGGUGGCACUUGCUGUCAACAAUGUUGCCAUGAGAACGGAGGGAAAGGAGAGCGCAGCGAUCCUGGCGUUUGCUAACGCGGUUCAGAAGAUACCGCAGAUAAUUGCGGAGAAUGGCGGUUUUGAUGGAGAGGCAAUUAAAGCGAAAUUGAGGGCGUUGCACGCCAAGGGACGGCGCACUUAUGGUGUGGAUGUAGAAAAGGGAGACGCAGGUUGCAUGAAGGAAAGGAGUGUUGUGGAGAGCCUUAGGAUCAAGAGAAGGAUUUUCACAGCAGCAGUUGAGGCUGCUUCAAUGAUUAUUAAGUGUGAUGGGCUGAUAAAGUGCAAACAACGAGAAAGAAAUCGUGAAUAAAUUCGUAUUUAUCAUUCG